AUGCUAUUCAUUCUAGUCAUCACAGGUCUUUGGACUUCCAUUCAAGCAGCUCUUACUGAAUUCAGCGGUUUUCAUUGUAUGAUGCGUCAUUCAAUGCGGAUGAAUCGUAUUGUACAUGGUAAACCGCAGGAAACAAUGCCACCUUUUGAAUUUCGCUUUUUGGAUGCUAAAGGAUAUGAAACACGAUAUUAUGAACCAGGAAAGAUUUAUACCAGUACAAUGCUAUUCAUUCUAGUCAUCACAGGUCUUUGGACUUCCAUUCAAGCAGCUCUUACUGAAUUCAGCGGUUUUCAUUGUAUGAUGCGUCAUUCAAUGCGGAUGAAUCGUAUUGUACAUGGUAAACCGCAGGAAACAAUGCCACCUUUUGAAUUUCGCUUUUUGGAUGCUAAAGGAUAUGAAACACGAUAUUAUGAACCAGGAAAGAUUUAUACCAUUCGUCUAAUUGGCUUUGUGCAUUUUCGUGGUCUAUUAUUGCAAGGACGAUUAGCGAAUGAAAAUGGAUUCUUAAUUGGUUCAUUGAAAGGUGGUCGUUUCAUUGAAAAUGAAAAUUGGCAAACAUUUGGAAUUCGAAUUCAGGAUUGUGAUCCACAUGGUCCAAGUUGGCAAGAUUCAAUAACACAUACUGAUGAUUCGCAAAAAUUUAUCGUACAAUUAGAAUGGACUACUGAUAAAGAUAUUGGCGCUGUACAAUUCAUGUUAACAAUUGCUGAAGAAGAUGAAAUUUAUUGGGAGAGAUGGCGACCAGAAAAUGGCUUUAUUAUUCCUAUCACUUGGAAAGAAAAACAUCUUAAUCAUAUCAAUGAUGAAAGAGGAGUAGCUGUAAAACUUUCUGCUAAAAAACAAAAACAUACUGAACAAUUGUCGAGUAAUCUUUACAAACGACUUGUUUCAACUGCGGAAAAUAUUGAAAAUUUCACAGCUAUUGAUAGGAAAUCCAAUGCUACUCAAUAUACGAUCCAUGAAAAGCAUACGUUACAAAGACCCGUUCCGGAAACAUUACGAGAUUUGGCUUAUCGUCAUGAAAAUGAAGUUGAGGAAGAAGUAAACGAGAAACAAUCAUCAACUACUAUACCAUUUACUGCUCCAUUAUUAGAAUUUGAAAGUUCCACAACAACAGGAUUAUCAUUAAUCCAUACCACUGCAUCAUGGCAAUUACAAACCGGAAAAUUGAAUGAAAUUGAACAUGUUUAUGAAGGUCGUUUCCCAAAAAUUCUUAUGGGAAAUUUGAAUAAUAACGAAUUAACCAAAACAAAAUUGAAGAUGACAUCAGUGAUACGAUCAGAUAAAUGCAUCGAAAAUCCAUGCGAAAAUGGUGGACGAUGUCGUUUGGACAAUAGCGCCAAAUUAGGCUUUGCAUGUUUCUGCAAAGAAGGAUGGAUUGGACCAUUAUGUCAAACAAAAGAUUACUGUAUCGGGCAUAGUUGCGUAUCAGGAAAAUGUGUCAACUUGAAGGAUUCAUAUCAAUGCAUUUGUUGGACAGAUUAUGCUGGUAAAUUCUGUACACGAAAAUGUGAUCCUAAUUUAUGCCGAAGAAAUGGUACAUGUGUAGAAAAAAGUAACGGUGAAUUAGGUUGUAAAUGUCCACCAGGUGCUUCUGGUAGAUACUGUGAACGUGAAAUAAAUGAAUGCAAUUUUCGACGUUGUAAAAAUGAUGCAAAAUGUAUUGAUAAAUGGAAUGAUUAUUCAUGUAUUUGUCGGCCAGGAUGGAUGGGAAAAGAUUGUGAUCGGCCUUGUCAAGAUAUUUAUGGUAGUUGCAAUCAAUGGAAACAACAAGGUCAAUGUGAACAAAUGCGCGCUCAUACACGAUUUUUUGAUGUCAAUUGCGCGGUAUCCUGCGGGCAAUGCACUUAUUCAAAUGAUACUGUAAAAACAACAAAACCACUUGCACCAAUUUUACUUCCACUAGCUUGGAUGAUAGGUAUAUGGAAAGCUGAAGUAAAUGGUACACGUUCACGUACUGUAGAUUAUGUGACAGAUUUCGAAGGAAUAUCCUAUACGGAAAUUCUUGCAAUUACAGUUGCUGAUGUAUUAGUAUUUGGCAAGCCGAGUAUCAAUUUCACAUCAAUUGCAAUAAACAAAAAUGAUACAACUGAUCAACAUAUACAUUAUGGUUUCCUUACAGUUGGUUCAAAUCCAGGUGGUAAACCUCUGGUGGCACUUAUUACAACAAGUAAUCUUGGUCAAAUAAUGAUAGAAGAAGGUGAAAUACAUUCAAAUAGUAUACAAUUUACACCAAUGUAUCGUUCGAUUUUAUCAUAUACCGCAAAUAAUUUACCGCUAGAGUUACAUCGAACAUUCUCAAGAAAUGAUAAAAGAUUGAUACAAAGUUUAACAAAGAAAGAUAUGGAUGGAAGAAAUCGAAGUGUUAGUAAACGAUAUGAUAAAAUUAUUGAUAUUGAAUAUUUGUAA